UCAUCCACAGUGGUUGCUUCCAAAUUCGAGGUCCAUGUUGAGCGACGGAACGCUCCCGAAAAACUUUGCAUUGGCGUGGAAUGUUUCAGUUUUUCAAAAGAUGUUCAACAAACAACAACAACUUCCGCGUGACGCAGCGUUGUCUAUUCCGUUUCUACUCAUCCUUUGCCUCGCUGGCAGUGCACUAGCGCUAGAGUGCAAGGUGUGCCAAUCGACGGGAGACUAUCGGAAAUGUGUUCAAAGCGCACCGAUACUGUGUUCGGAAUCACUGGUCAAUACUACGCAUCUAUACCUGACCUCCAGCAAUCCAAGUCUGCGCUAUUCCACCUACAGUGGCGUACCUCCGGUACAGUUCCAGUGUUUCCAGGUGAACUACACGUUUGGCGGACUGUGGAGCUACCAUAUGGGGUGUACCUACACAACGACAAAGAUAUGUGAGGGUUGGCAUGUUCCGAACAAGUGCCGAACGCAGAGCGCACCAGUGCCAAGGAUUGCUGACUACAACCCGCAUGGUUCUCCGGAUGUGCUGUUUCCUCACAAGACCGAAACGCACAUCGUGCACCAUCAUGGUGUGGCCCCGUCCGUCGUGGUGGUAACACGGAAUGGCAAAUCAAACGCUUCAAGCCAUGGAUUGCAUUUCGGUUCCUUAGCUGCAGUGGUGUUAGUCUCUUGGAUACUAAGAACUAUGAUCCACUAAUGGUAGCAGACAUUUGUGCAAUAUGAUAUCAUCGCCAUCAACAAGCGAUGACUAACGGCAGAUCAAAUCAUACUCUUGCGAAUAAAGCAUCCAAAU